AUGCAUCGCGCCGCCGCCGCGGGUCUCGACCUGGGCCUCGGGCUGGGGCUCGGGCUUGCGUCGCAGGGCAGCCUCACGUCCUCCACCACCACCGCCUCCUCCUCCCCGGCCUCGCAGGCGCACGCGCAGCACUGGACCGCCGCGCUUAACUCCGUCGUCGGCGCGCAGGAGUCGUACGGGCUGCACCCGUAUGCCAGCCACCAGCGGAAGGAGGAGCCGGGGAGGACGUCCACGUCGCCCGAGAGCGGCGUCAGCGCCGGGACCAAGAGGGGCCUGGAGCGCACCGGCUCCGGCGUCUCCCGCGGCGCCGCCACCGCCGGCAGCGACGAGGACGACGACGGCGGGGACGGCGCCGGCGGCCGCAAGAAGCUCAGGCUCUCCAAGGACCAGGCCGCCGUCCUCGAGGAGUGCUUCAAGACGCACAGCACGCUCAACCCCGUAAGUCUCUACUCCUCCUCCCUCGAUCGACACACCUCGGGCCGUCCGGCGCGUGGUGUUCGUCCAUGGAUUCCUCGCGAUCGAUCGCAUUGCGCUGACCGGGGUUUCUUUCCUGACGAUCUGCAGAAGCAGAAGACUGCGCUGGCGAACCGGCUGGGGCUGCGGCCGCGGCAGGUGGAGGUGUGGUUCCAGAACCGCCGCGCGCGGACCAAGCUGAAGCAGACGGAGGUGGACUGCGAGUACAUGAAGCGCUGGUGCGAGCAGCUCGCCGAGCAGAACAAGCGGCUCGAGAAGGAGGUGGCCGAGCUCCGCGCGCUCAAGACCGCGCCCGCCGCGCACGCCCAGCAGGCCGCCACGCUCACCAUGUGCCCCUCCUGCCGCCGCGUCGCCGCCACCGCCGCCGGACCGGCCGCCACGCAGCACCAGCACCAGCACCAGCAGCCGCAGCAGUGCAGCCCCAAGCCCAACGCCCACCCCGCCGGCAACGUCCUUCCCAGCCACUGCCAGUUCUUCCCCUCCACCACCACCGCCGCCGCCCCCGACCGAUCCGGCAGGCAGCAGGGCGCGUGGAACGGCGCCGCGCAGCCGCUGGUCACCAGAGAGCUCUUCUGA